CAGAGUAGUCCGUGCAGAAUUUAUCUUGGCAGGCUGACAGGUCGCAUUGAGCGUAGUUCAGCUGCCGUAGAAGUAAACCAGAAAGUGACUCGAAAUAAUUGAACAAAAUUCCAUCCAGUGACAUGUCCGAACUGCAAGCAUCGCUACUGCUCAAUCGCCAGCUUUCCGAGCUGCAGCGCAAUCCCGUCGAGGGCUUUUCCGCUGGCCUAAUCAGUGACUCAGAUAUCUUUAAGUGGGAAGUGGUGAUCAUUGGCCCGCCAGAUACUCUUUACGAGGGCGGUUGUUUCAAGGCCCAUUUGAACUUCCCCAAGGAAUACCCAUUACGUCCGCCGCGCAUGAAAUUCGUCACCGAGAUUUGGCAUCCGAAUAUCGACAAGGCCGGUGACGUUUGCAUCUCGAUCCUUCACGAGCCCGGUGAUGAUAAAUGGGGCUAUGAGAAGGCCGAGGAGCGCUGGCUACCAGUACACACCGUUGAAACAAUCCUCCUUUCGGUGAUCUCUAUGCUCACAGAUCCCAAUGAUGAGUCCGCUGCCAAUGUGGACGCAGCCAAGGAGUAUCGUGAGAACUAUGCAGAAUUCAAACGCAAGGUCACUCGAUGCGUUCGCCGGAGUCAGGAGGAGGUAUAAGUGCACGGGAAUGUACUAGACUGGGCAGUGACAAUGAUCCGGAUCGGUCUAUACAUGCUAAUCACGUAAAUAAAGAGUGAAACUAGUUUUUUGAA